AUGGACAGAUACCGAGAAGUAGAAAAGAUUGGAGAAGGUGCUCAUGGAGUAGUACUCAAGGCAACAUAUAUUGAAACAGGAGAGGUGGUAGCACUCAAAAAGGUCCCUUUGCGCAAGUUGGAGCAUGGUAUACCCAACAGUAUCUUGAGAGAAAUCAAAGCGCUUCAAGAAAUAGACCAUCAAAAUGUAGUUAAGCUGCGCGAGGUGUUUCCAUCAGGCACAGGAGUUGUUCUUGUAUUCGAAUACAUGCUCAGUGACCUAGCAGAGGUAUUGCGUAAUGCCAGUAAACCACUCACAGAAGCUCAAAUUAAAGCAUAUAUGCUCAUGCUCUUGAAGGGAGUGGCAUAUUGUCACAAAAACUCCAUUAUGCACAGAGAUCUCAAGCCAGCAAAUCUGCUUAUUUCAUCCACUGGAAUCUUAAAACUGGCCGAUUUUGGCUUGGCUAGAGUUUAUUCGUCUGAUGUUUCUGGACGACCUUAUAGCCAUCAAGUCGCUACUAGAUGGUAUCGUGCUCCAGAGCUCCUGUAUGGUGCACGAGUUUAUGACACUGGCGUGGAUCUAUGGGCUGUUGGAUGCAUUUUUGGUGAACUGUUGAACCAUUCACCACUUUUUCCUGGACAGAAUGACAUUGAUCAGCUAUACUGUGUCAUUGGUAUCCUUGGAACCCCAACAAAAGAAAUCUGGCCUGAGCUCGAGACGUUGCCUGAUUAUGGAAAGAUCCAGUUUCCCUCUUUGCCAUUGGUUGUUUUAGAAAAAGUAUGUCCUGAUGCAUCUGCAGAGGCAAUCCGUUUACUGAAAAAGUUUCUUGUGUACGCCAGUGUUUUGCGUAUCUCGGCUCAAAAGGCAUUGCUGGAUCCAUACUUUUUUAAUAAACCGCUGCCAGCACAUCACCUUGAACUACCGAUUCCCAAAAAACACACUCGUGAGCAGUUUGAUGUUGACAAGCCGCUAGAUUUAAGUCUUUUUCUGCCGCAAUAUCGUCAAAUCCAAGUAUAG